AUGGACCCUGUGUUUAAUGACCGGACCCUGUUCCCAUCGGUUUAUCGAACUGUUCCAAAUGAGUAUUUACAGUUUGAAGUCAUUGUGCAACUGCUGAUCCACUUUAAAUGGACGUGGGUCGGGAUUAUAUCAUCAGAUGAUAUCAGCAACCAUAAAGCUAGUUUGGAACUGAUUAAAGAGAUGAAGAAUCAGGGAAUUUGUAUUGAAUAUCAUAUUGUGAUUCCAGUUUCUGCAAAUGUUAAUAUGAGCCAUAUCCUUAAAUUAAUUCAACAAUCAACUGCUACAGUUAUUAUUUUAUACUGCACCUUGCUUCAAAUAAUGAAUCUCACAAAAUUAUGGCGUACAGAUGAAUCACAGAUAACUGGUAAAGUCUUUGUCACUUCAGUUGCUCUUAAUGCCAUUGAUGAUUAUAUUUAUAUGGAAUCCUUUCUAACACUGAAUGGCUCAUUGCUUAUAUCGGUUCACAAAGGGGAGAUCCCUGGUUUUAUGAGCUAUUUGUUUCACAGAGACUGGGGAAGGAUGCCCGACAAAAACUUUGUGAACAAUUUUAAGAUGUUUCUUAAAUGUUUCACUGUUCCAUCCAAUGAUAGCCAAUCCCGCUGCUUAUUAUUCCACAACUGGAAAAAUACUAACUAUGUAACAUCUGUUAUCUACAACACGGUUCAUAUACUGGCACAAGCUUUACACCAGAUGCAUUUAGACAGAGCGCUGUUUGAUACUGAGUCUAAAGAUUUAGCAGCGGAAUCGAAAUACAAGGAGUAUCAAGAUACUCCUAGAAACCAAGUCUACAAGUCAAUUAGGAUGAGCUGUAGACUUAACACUCAUUUCCUGACCUAUAACUUCUUAGCUAGAAUGACAAUGCUUUCUUAUAUGUCGAUUUUGGGCAAAGGCCGGACUACAAAGUUGAACCGUUACCUGAAAAAGGUUCAUCUGAAAACUUUGUCUGAUGAAAUAUUCUUUAAUGAACAAGGAUCUGUUGCUGGGAAAUUUGAUAUUCUCAACUUAAUUAUUGAAUCAAAAAAUCAAAUUCGAAAAAUUCCUGUUGGCAGUUUUGUGCCUUCAGCCUCUCCAAAGCUAAUUAUCAAUGAAAGCACCAUUGUAUGGAAUCCAUGUUUUAAGAAGACUCCGGUCUCUCUGUGUAAUGACAUUUGCCCUACUGGCUACCGAAAAGCUAUUGAGAAGGGAAAAUUCCCUUGUUGCUAUGACUGCAUUCGAUGUUCUGAGGGUGAGAUAGCCAGCUCUCCGGAUUCAGAGCAUUGUCUCCAAUGCCCAGAAGAUCACUGGUCCGAUCCAAGUAGGAAUUUUUGUCUCAGAAAAGCUGUGGACUUCCUCUCCUAUGGGAACUGCUUGGGAAUGGUAUUAGCAACUGCCGCCCUUCUCUUCUCUGUAUGCACCGGUGCAGUCCUGUGGCUCUUUAUAAAGAACAGGAGCAGCCAAAUUGUGAAAGCCAAUAAUCGGAACCUCAGCUACAUCCUUCUUGUUUCUCUCUUCUUGUCCUUCUGCUGCUGUUUCUUGUUUAUUGGGCGCCCUGUGCCCAUAACCUGCAUCCUGAGACAAACUGCAUUUUUGUUCUUAUAUACUGUCGCCAUUUCUUCUUUACUUGCAAAAACAUUAACUGUUAUUAUUGCAUUUCAUGCCACAAAACCUGGGACCAGGUUAAGGAAAUUUGUGGGAUCUAGGGUUUCUAUUUCUCUUGUACUACUUUGUUCAUUAGGCAAACUUGCCAUUUGCAGCACUUGGCUGAUAUGGGCUACACCAUUUGUGGCACUCGGUACCAAGACAACACAAAAGACAAUGACUCUCUGGUGCAAUGAAGGUUCUAUUGCUGCUUUCUAUGCGGCAGUUUCUUACACAGCUUUGUUAGCUCUUCUUAGUUUUAUUGUUGCCUUUAUGGCACGAAAAUUACCAGACAGAUAUAAUGAGGCACAGCACAUCACCUUCAGCAUGCUGGUGUUCUGCAGUGUCUGGGCCUCCUUCAUCCCAACAUACCUGAGCACCAAAGGCAAAUACAUGGUGGCUGUGGAGAUAUUCGCCAUCCUUGCCUCUACUGCUGGAUUAUUGUCCUGUGUAUUUGUCCCUAAAUGUUAUAUUAUACUCUUAAAAGGUAAUCUAACCACCCAAAAGGUAAAGCUUAAAAUUAUGCAACAGAUCCAUGAUAAUGUAUGA